AUGGCUGGUUUCCAGCUCCCAGAGCCCUUUGCCAGCAUUCCAAGAGAAUCUUUCCUUUUUGGCCCUUCACCUAUUCAAAAACUCCCUAAGAUCACAAGAGCACUUGGCGGAAAGGUCGGUAUCUAUGCGAAGCGAGAAGAUUGCAAUUCGGGUUUGGCCUUUGGUGGUAACAAAACUAGGAAACUAGAGUAUCUUGCGUCAGAUGCAUUAGCACAGAAUUGCGAUACUCUGAUCAGCAUCGGCGGCGUCCAAUCCAAUCACACCCGACAAGUCGCGGCUGUAGCUACCCAGCUGGGAAUGAAGGUGGCCCUCGUACAGGAGAAAUGGGUCAAGUGGGAGGACCCUGCGUACGACAAGGCCGGGAAUAUCCAACUCUCUCGCCUAAUGGGCGCAGACGUCCGACUUGAUCCCUCCCUCUUCGGAAUCGAGCAUAAAGAGACCCUUCAAAAUCUCAAACAAGAGAUUUUCGACAAAGGCGGGAAACCAUAUUACAUCCCCGCGGGAGCAUCGGAUCAUCCAUUGGGAGGACUUGGAUUUGCACGUUGGGCGUUCGAGGUAGAGCAACAGGAAAAGGAGAUGGGCAUAUUUUUUGAUACCGUCAUUGUCUGUGCCGUCACAGGAUCAACUAUGGCAGGGAUGGUAGCAGGGUUUAAAUUGGCGCAAAAGAAGAAUAACUCCAAACCCCGGAAAGUCAUAGGAAUUGAUGCCUCUGCAACAGUGAAGCAAACCUUUGACCAGAUCCUGCGCAUUGCCAAGGCAACUGGAGUCAAAAUCGGUUUGGGCGAGGGUGAUAUCACAGAAGAGGAUAUCAUCCUUGAUGACAGAUACCAUGCGGGCAUCUAUGGUGUUCCGGACCAGCAGACAGUUGAUGCUAUCAAGUUCGGUGCUUCGACAGAGGCUUUUAUCACCGAUCCUGUAUAUGAAGGCAAAAGUCUUGCUGGCAUGAUGGAUAUGGUGAGAAAGGAGGAAAUUCCUGCUGGUAGCAAUAUUCUGUACGCGCAUUUGGGAGGACAGCUUGCUCUGAAUGUGUACACAGGGAUGUAA